AUGGCAGCCCCUACCCCUGUUUCUGCUCUAGUUCACUCUUCUACUUUAGUCACUGCUGGGGUUUAUCUUUUAAUUCGUUUUAGACCUGCUUUUGGUGAUUGGUUGUGUAUUUUUCUUCUUGUUGUUUCCGGUUUGACUAUGUUUAUAGCAGGACUGGGGGCUAAUUUUGAAUAUGAUUUGAGGAAGAUUAUCGCUUUGUCCACUUUAAGACAGCUGGGUUUAAUAAUUAGUGCUGUUUCUGUUGGGCUUGUUAGUGUGGCUUUUUUUCAUCUGCUGACUCAUGCUUUGUUUAAAGCUUUGCUUUUUAUGUGUGCGGGUGUAAUUAUUCAUACAAUAAAGGAUUCCCAGGACAUUCGUUUUAUGGGUAAUUUGUCGGUUCAAAUACCUUUUACUUCGGUUUGCUUAGGCGUAUCUAGCUUUGCUUUGUGUGGCAUGCCUUUUCUUGCAGGGUUUUACUCUAAGGAUCUUAUUUUGGAAGCGGCUUCUUUUAGAUAUAUUAAUUUGGUGGGGUUUUUGUUGUUUUUUGUUUCUACAGGUUUAACCGUUUGUUAUUCUUUUCGUUUGUUUUAUUACGUUUUUGGUGAUUUUAAUUUGUCUUCUUUCUAUAAUGUUAGUGAUGCUAGUUUUAUGAUAUUGUGCGGCAUGGUUGGUUUGAUGUUGAUUGCUGUUUUUGGUGGGAGAUUGUUGAGAUGGGCUGUUUUUCAUGUGCCUGAUAUGAUUUGCCUUCCUUUUUAUUUGAAGUUUUUAGCUAUCUUUGUUAGUUUAUUAGGGGGUUGAAUUGGUUAUGAGUUAUCUAGGUUUAAUUUGGGGGUUCUUGGCUGUAUUGAUGAAAUCAUUUGA